UCUCAAGCUCAUCAAGAUUUUGAGGCCUUUCUAAAAAGCCACAAAUCACUUGCCACAAACAGAUAUACCUACUCAGAGAUAAAGAAAAUGACCAAUUGUUUCCAAGAAAAAUUAGGGCAAGGAGGCUAUGGAAGUGUGUUCAAAGGGAAGUUACAUGAUGAGUGUCUAGUUGCUGUGAAGGUUUUGAAUGAAACAAAAAGUAAUGGGGAGGAAUUCCUCAAUGAGGUAGCAAGUAUAAGCAAGACUUCCCAUGUUAACAUUGUCACUCUUCUGGGACUUUGUUUUGAAGGACCAAAGAAGGCACUUGUUUAUGAGUUUAUGGCUAAUGGAUCAUUAGAGAAGUUCAUCUUUGAAAAUGAAGCCAACCUCCUUAAUGGUAACCUCCAAUUGAGCUGUGAAAUAUUGCAUCAAAUUGCAGUGGGUGUUGCACGAGGACUAGAGUAUUUGCACAGAGGAUGUAAUGCUCGAAUAUUGCAUUUUGACAUAAAACCUCACAACAUUUUAUUGGAUGAGAACUUUUGCCCGAAGAUCUCUGAUUUUGGAUUAGCAAAAAUAUGUCCUAGAAAUGAAAGUGCUGUAUCCAUGUGGGGUGCCAGAGGAACUAUCAGAUAUAUUGCUCCUGAGGUAAUUUCUAGAAAUUUUGGUGUCGUCUCUCACAAAUCAGAUGUUUAUAGUUUUGGGAUGAUGGUUUUAGAAAUGAUUGGAGGAAGAAGGAAUGUUAAUGUCAAUGUUAACAAUACUAGUGAAAUAUAUUUUCCUCAUUGGAUUUACAAGCGUUUAGAAUUCAAUGAAGACCUUGCACUGAGGAGCAUUAGAAAUGAAACUGACCAAGAGAGGAUAAGACAGAUGUUUAUAACAAGCUCAUGGUGCAUACAAACUAACCCUUCAAAUCGUCCAGUGAUGAAUAAAGUGGUGGAGAUGCUUGAGGGCAGAGUUGGGACCUUGCAGGUCCCACCUAAGCCUUACUUAUCAUCUCCUUCAAGAAUAGUCUUAGACUCGGCUAUAAUAACCAAAGAUUUUCAGUGUUUUCUUGCGUUCAUCUUAUGGUGGACCAGUCCAAGAAAGUGCUAUAAUGUGAAGAAAAAGCAAACCAAAUUGGGAUGA